CCAGGAGGAAGCCACUCCCCCUCUACAUACAGAGAACCCAGUCCAGUAGGAAGCCACUCCCUGUCCUCUGGUGUAGAGUUCCAUGAAACAGAAAGUAAUCUUUCACACUGCCACUGCUUAACCUACGGGAGAGAGCACCAAAAUGGCAGAGAAUCAGGAACUGUUCUGUUGCUCCAUCUGUCUGGGUCUACUGAAGGAUCCGGUGACUACUGCCUGUGGACACAGUUACUGUAUGGGCUGUAUUAAAGAAAGCUGGGAUCAGGAUGAUCUGAAAGGUGUCUACAGCUGUCCACAGUGCAGACAGACCUUUAUCCCAAGGCCUGUUCUGAACAGGAGCACUGUGCUGACUGAAGUGGUGAAGAAACUGAAGAAGACAGGACUCCAGGCUGCUCCCCCUCAGGCUCUGUGCUAUGCUGGACCUGGAGAUGUGGUGUGUGAUGUCUGCACUGGGACCAGAAAGCAGAAAGCCCUCAUGUCCUGUCUGGCGUGUCUGGCCUCUUACUGUGAGACUCACCUCCAACCUCACUAUGAAUCUCCUGCUUUCAAGAAGCACAAGCUGGUCAAAGCCACGGCACAACUACAGGAGAAGAUCUGCUCUCAUCAUGACAAACUGCUGGAGGUUUACUGUCGUACCGAUCAGCAGUGUAUCUGUCUGCUGUGUGUGAUGGAUGAACAUAAAGGCCAUGAUACAGUGUCAGCUGAGGCAGAGAGGACUGAGAAACAGAGGCAGCUGGGGAUGAGUCAGCAGAAGGUCCAGCAGAGAUUCCAGGAGAGAGAGAAGAAGCUGAAGGAGCUCCAACAGGCUGUGGAGUCUCUCAAGCUCUCUGCACAGUCAGCAGUGGAGGACAGUGAUCAGAUCUUUACUGAGCUGAUCCGCUCCAUUGAGAGAAGGAGCCUUGAGGUGAAGGAGCUGAUCAGAGCCCAAGAGAAGGCUCAAGUGAGUCAAGCUGAAGGACUCCUGGAGCAACUGAAGCAGGAGAUAGCUGAGCUGAGGAAGAGAAGCACUGAGCUGGAGCAGCUCUCACACACAGAGGAUCACAUCCAUUUCCUCCAGAGGUAUCAGUCUCUCUCCAGUAUCAGUGUAUCUUCAGACUUACCCAGCAUCGUUGUCCGUCCUCUUCAGUACUUUGGAGAUGUGAGUAAGACUGUGUCUGAACUGAGAGAGAAACUAGAAGACUUCCUUAAAGGAGAAUGGACCAAUAUCUCCACUACAGUGAAUAUAGUGGAUGUUGUACUGCCUCCAGAGCCCAAGACCAGAGAACAGUUGUUACAAUAUUCCUGUCAGCUCACACUGGACCCAAACACAGCACACACACGCCUCUCUCUGUCUGAAGGGAACAGAAAGGUGACCUAUACAGACCAAGUCCAACCAUAUCCUGUCCAUCCAGACAGAUUCACCUACUGGUGUCAGGUUCUGUGUAGAGAGGGUCUGUCUGGACGCUGUUACUGGGAGGUGGAGAGGACUGGUUAUGUUGUUACAGCAGUCUCAUAUAAAGACAUCAGCAGAACAGAGAGAGGUAAUGGUGGUAGAUUUGGAUACAAUAACAAGUCCUGGAGUUUAGAGUGCUCUAGAGGUGGUUAUUGUUUCAGACACAAUAAUGUUGAGACUAAAGUAUCAGGCCCUCAGUCCUCCAGAGUAGGAGUGUACCUGGAUCACAAGGCAGGUACUCUGUCCUUCUACAGUGUCUCUGACACAAUGACCCUCCUCCACAGAGUCCAGACCACGUUCACUCAGCCCCUCUAUCCUGGGUUUGGUCUCUCUGGUUCUGCUGAGCUGGUUAAACUGUAGUAGGGUCCACAUAGAUACUAGUCAUGCUGGUGUAGUCUAUAGCUGAGCUGGUUAAACUGUAGUAGGGUCCACAUAGAUACUAGUCAUGCUGGUGUAGUCUAUAG